GUCCGGUCGACACCCACCCACCAGACGAAUAAUAAUAAAGCAAAAACACCGCACCGAAGGCGAACGGCACCCAAGCCUCCGACCUCACCUCCGAUCCACCACCAACACGGCUCGAGCUCUUGGCGGAGGAGGAGGUGUCGGCAGCUUCGUCGUCGCGGUCGCCAGGCAGACGCAGGCGCGGGAAGAGAGGCGGAGAUGAGACGGCCGCUCGGCGCAUGCGGCAGCAGAUCCAGCCCGGCCGCUGCUUUCCUCCUGGCCGCCGCCGCGAUCUGCGCCCAGUUCGCCACAGGACUAGCUGAUGAUGCAUCUAAAGAUGAGUCAAAAAGUCACACUGGCCAAACAGUUUUGUUUGUCCUGCUAGGAAUUGGUGCAGCCGGUCUGUUGUCAUUCUUCCUUUUCAAGUAUUGGCAGAAGAAGAAAAGAGAGGAGCAACAUGCACGGCUGCUGAAGUUAUUUGAAGAGGAUGAUGACAUUGAGGUCGAGCUUGGCCUUAGAGAUUGAUAAUCUUCUCUGUACAGCAAAAGUAUCUUGGCUGACAAGGUUUUGCUGGCAGAUCAUCACAUCAUCUUUGUGUUAAUGUAAAGAAUUUGUUGUAUUUAAACUCAGACAGCCUACCGAGGAAGGUCUACUGUACCUUAGUUUUAUAUAUGGUGAAUAUCUUGACAUUCACGAUCCAUGAAAAUAGCUCUACAAAGUGUCAAGGUUUUCGAAAACAUUCUUUUGUUGCAAAACAGAUUCUGAUAUAUAUACACCUCUCUAGUAAAAGGCAUAACCCAGCCAGUGAUUUCUUCUA